AUGAAAUGGUGGCAUCACGUAGGGAAGCUUAAACCGAUAUUUAUACCAUUGACAAUCGUUACAUUCAACCUACAACUCUCCGUUCUAAUUAGGUCCACGAGCUUGGCAACUUUAACGUCAAUUUUACUCUCACUCGCAUACGCACGCUUCGUAUGCAUGGAGUGUAAGCAGUUUGGUGCAAAACUAGUCGAAAUAGAAACAAAGGAAGAAAACGAUUUUCUGAAACAAAGAAUCAGCAUAUAUGAUGACGAGUCUCUGUCAUAUCAUGAAUACAAGAAAUUCUGGAUCGGUGGAACAGACAGAAACAGAGAGGGAAGUUUUUUCUGGGCCUCUACCGGAAGUUCCUUGACGUUCACGGACUGGGACAGAGGAGAACCCAAUGAUGAAGAUAGCGUUGAGGACUGCAUUGAAAUCUCCACAUUUCAAACAAGAACCGGGACAUGGAAUGACAACAACUGUGCCUUAAAAUAUCAUUACAUUUGUGAAAAAUCUUGUUAAUA